AUGAAGGGCGCCUUUGAGAGAUAUCUUUCUUCACCCUUAUUCAUCUUCACUAUUGAGGCUAAUAAGAAUAAAGUAGCUGUGCAUUCUUCUGCAUUGGCAAGGCUUUCUCAAAGCCUGAAUACUCUUAUAAACAGUGAAAUGAAAGAGGCAAAAACUGGACAUGCUGUCUGGUUAGAGGACGAACCUCCGGAGCCUAUACCUGAGUCCGAGUCUGAGUCUGAGUCCGAGCUUGAGCCUGAAUUGAAGGCCAUUUCAGAUGAACCUUCUGAAUUAGAAUCUUCAUCCGAAGACGACGCCUGCAAUGAUCCAGAAAUUCCAUACAAGAAGAGAAGUAUCUGGAGUGAAUAUUUGUAUUAUGAGUUUGUAGAGAGUCUCAUUGUUCUGAGUCUGCAAAGUAAGAACUUAGGCUGUACUUUCACAUUAUCUGAAAAUACCAGACUCUGA